CCAGAUGUGGAUCAACCCCUGUGCCCAAGUGAUCUUCGACUCGGACCCGGCGCCCAAGGACACGUCGGGGGCCGCGGCCCUGGAGAUGAUGUCCCAGGCCAUGAUCAGGGGGAUGAUGGAUGAGGAGGGGAACCAGUUCGUGGCCUAUUUCCUGCCCGUGGAGGAGACGCUGAGGAAGAGGAAGAGGGACCAGGAGGAGGACGUGGAUUACGCCCCUGAGGACGUGUAAGGGGGGCCCCAAAAACCUGAUGGGGGGGUUCAAAA